CACAAACCUUAUCUAGUCAAGGAGUCUGGUCGAAGAAGAGUUUUACGUGCUUCAUCUUGAGGGCAUUUCCUUCUACUGAUAAAGGUAUCCCUCUGAUUAGGAAGAAAUAUAGUAGAACUCUUUGAAAAUGGAUGUUUUCACAUGGUUUUCUUCAGAUACCAAAAGCCGGCAGUCACUGAAAUAAGGACUUGAAGUUCCUUCCUCUUUUUUUAUGUCUUAAGAACAGGAAAUAAGAAAUGAAGAGGAUACUCAGGGCGGAGCUCUGACUCUCGUCUUGCUCUACUCUGGCCCAGCAGAACAAAGUUACUGAAGUGAUGACGGGAACAGGGGAGAACAAUGCUUUAUUUGGGCUGGAUGUUUCUUUCUCUUGUCGCAGGAGAGAGGAUGAAAGGACUUAAUAUUUCAGAUUGUUACACAAGAAAACUCCUUUGGAUAUAUUCUUCAAGGAGUGAUGAAGAGUUUGUCUUAUUUUGUGAUUUGCCAGAGCCACAGAAAUCACAUUUCUAUCACAGAAGUCAACGCUUACCAACACAAGGCCCUGAACACCUGCCCUGUGGGGAUAGUAAGGACCUGUCUGAUGUCCAGUGGUACCUACAACCUAAGAGUGGAGAUCGAUUAGAGGAAAUUACAGAAAGCUCUUCUCGCCACAUCAUUCAGGAGAAGAAUACACUUAGUUUUUUGGCCCCAGAGAUGAAUACUGCUGGGUCAUAUAUUUGUAGACCCAGGAUUGGGAGCUCUCAGGAUGUGGCCUGUUGUGUCAAGACAGUCUUAGAAGUUAAGCUCCAGCCAAAUGCAUCUUGUGAGAACCCCGCAUUACACAAGCAAUACCUACUUCUUGGUAGCACUAACUCCAUUUAUUGCCCCAGUCUCAGCUGCCAAAGUGGUGUACAAAGUCCAGAGGUGACCUGGUACCAGAAUGGAAAACUUCUCUCUCAACAAAGGAGCAACCCAAUGGUAGUGUUUGGAGUUUAUGACUUUCACCAGGGUACAUAUGUAUGUGAUUACACCCAGUCGGAUAACACAAGUUCAUGGACAGUCAGAGCUGUUGUUCAAGUGAAAACCAUUGUGAAAGACACUAAUCUCAAGCCAGACAUUCUGGAUCCCAUCCAGGACACACUGGAAGUAGAACUUGGAAAGCCAUUAACCAUUAGCUGCAGAGCACGAUUUGGCUUCGAAAGGGUCUUUAAGCCUGUGAUAAGAUGGUACAUCAAAGACCCUGACCGGGAGUGGGAAGUCUCGGCACCUGAGGCCAAAAGUAUUAAAUCCACUCUAAAAGAUGAAAUCAUUGAGCGUGAUAUAAUCUUGGAGGAAGUUACUCAGAGUGAUCUUCGCAGGAAGUUUGUUUGCUUUGCCCAGAACUCCAUCGGGAACACAACCCAGUCCAUCCAACUGAAGGAAAAGAAAGGAGUGCUGUUCCUGUACCUCCUGCUUGGCACCGUCGGGGCGCUGGUGGGCAUGCUGGCCGCGGGCGCGCUGCUCUACAGGCACUGGAUUGAAAUAGUGCUGCUGUACCGAACCUACCAGAGCAAGGACGAGACGCUCGGGGAUAAAAAGGAAUUCGACGCUUUCAUAUCCUACGCGAAAUGGAGCUCUUUUGAGAGUGAGGCUGCGUCAUCUCUGGGUGAAGAACAUUUGGCCCUGAAUCUGUUUCCUGAGGUUUUGGAAAACACAUAUGGCUACACCUUGUGUUUGCUCGAAAGAGACGUGGCCCCAGGAGGAGUCUACACAGAAGACAUUGUGAGCAUUAUUAAGAAAAGUAGAAGAGGAAUAUUUAUCUUGAGCCCCAACUACAUCAAUGGACCCUCCGUCUUCGAACUACAAGCAGCUGUGAAUCUUGCCUUGGCUGAUCAAACACUGAAACUCAUUUUAAUUAAGUUCUGUUGCUUCCAAGAGCCAGAGUCUCUACCUCAUCUUGUGAAAAAAGCUCUCAGGGUUUUGCCCACGAUCACCUGGAGAGGCUUAAAAUCAGUUCCUCCCAGUUCCAGGUUCUGGACCGAAAUGCGCUACCACAUGCCCGUGAAAAACUCUAAAGGAUUCACGUGGAACCAGCUCAGGAUUAUCCCAGGGGUUUCUUGCUGGGAAAGACUCAGUAAAACAGAAGCCACUGGGAGGAGCUCCCAGCCCAGCAAACGGUGGAGCCACCUCCCUUCCAGUCCCAGGGACAGAGAUAUUGCUGGGCAGAACACACAGCACGGAUCAGGCUGAUAGGAAAUUGAAACAGUUUUCCGACAGCCACAAACAAGCCUGAGAGACACUGAGACGAGACUGAGGCUGUGGUUUGGAGCCUUUGAUUUCCUGGACUGGACAAAGGGAGAGUAAAUCCCCUAGACCUUGUGUACACUCAGCACACAACACGCCUGAGAUCUUCCCAGUGGUCUGAGCAGAAUCAGCAGGUGCAGCUGCCUGGUGGCCAUGGACUGCCACAUCUACCCUGUAUUAUACAUAUGACUUUAUGUACACUUGCUGUCAAAUAAAUAUUUUUAUUAGAAAUGGGUGAUUUAAACUCUGCCUAAAGCAUUUCUGUAAAGAAGGCAGUUUUUAUUCCAUGUUCUCCCAUCACCUCUGGAGCAUAAAAAGUAAGUGUCAAAGAUGGAGACGUAUGGGACACAGAGUAGACAGGGCUGUUGUUAGUUUCUACUAUGUCCUUACAGGAGGUGCUGCCUGUGGGUGGAAGGGCUGAUGUAGUCUGUGCCAGGAUAUAGGCUUGGGGAGAAGCAUAGGGUUAAUCUUAGUUCCUCCUUGUGAUGUUGGUCAGAGACCUUUGUUCUGGACAUAAAGUAUGCAGCCUCACCCUGGACCACUGGAAAUAAGAGCCAAUUAAGCCAAAAUUAUUAGGCCAGUGAGGAGACAGGGAAUGUGUGAGCAGUUCCAUACAACUUAGAGAGGCAUUGGCAAGAGUCAACAGCCACGCUAAGAGUCUGAGAAAUCAAUGCACACACUGGUUAAAAGGCAGCGAGAGUGGAGCUUGAACAGGCUUUAGCCUGAGCCAUUUGCGUACUGUGUGCUUCCUGACCUAGUGGUCUCAGUCUCAGCCCCCCUAAGUAAUGGAGUGAUGGGCUGGAGGGCUAGACAAGGCUAAUUUCACUCUCAUAAUUUUGUGUUCUUUACAAGAGUUCAACCUGCGGUUAAAAUAGUGUUCUAGUCACACAUGGACAUCAAACCCUCACGCUCUGUCCUCCCUGAUGGGAUGGAGUGAUUCAUCUUUUGAGCAAUACAGAAAAGCAACUUUUGGACUCAUUCACAUGUAAUGGGUCACAUCCACGCAAUGUGAUCAAGUUCAGAGUGGCUAAAUGUCACGGCCAUCUGGCCACUCCUGGUGCCUGUGCGAAACGCUCUUCUGCUCAUUCUUCGCAGAGGCACCCACAUCAUAAAAACCACGGUGGCUUUGGCACCAAGCAACAUCCUUGUUGGAAAUUUCAGUGAUAGAGUUAACGAUGAGUUAAAGGGUAUAAAUUAUUCCUGGAGGAAGUUUCUGGUGGGAAGGAUCAUUGCAGGGUGUCAGUGGGGAGGAACCCACACUGUCAUUGUGCCUUUGUGCCCCGGUGAUGGCCAGGAUCCCUGGCUUUUCUGCCAGCUGCUCUCUGAGAUUUAAGGCUCAGAAAUUUCUGUUGGCCAGUCCAUUCAGGUUUAUCUUAUUCUCAGAUAGAUGUUACUGUAACUGUGCUCUCCAGAGGUCUAGAGUUUUGUCCUUAGCUUUAUAGGAAAUCAAACUGAGCCUCAGGUUCAUGCAUACACAAAAGGAUAUAUAUCUAGCUCUGAUAUUUACAGGAUAUAGUCUUUCCAGGUUAGUAGGUACCCUGAACAUGAUAAAUUAGCAUUCAGAACAAAGGUUAUUUAUAUUUCUUACAUGUAAGUCAACCAAAACAAAGCAGAUAACCAAAACAAGUGUUCUAUGUAUAAGAGACUGGUUGUAAUCAAACAAUUGGAUGCAGUGGAAUAUAAUUAGUAAAAAAGUAUUAUUAUUAUGAGGUUCUCUUUCACUUUGAAAAAGUGUGGAUGAUGAAAAGUUUGGAUGAUGGCCAGCCUAUUUCUAAUACACACUGUAGAGUCCUCCUUCCUGACCCUACAUAAUAGCCUCGGCAUUUUUCACAGUUUUCCCAGUCUCUGUUAGUUUUUAAUAUCUGCAUUUAACCUAUCUGUUAGUUCCAGGUUGUAAUUCCAGGUAAGAUGCAGUAAACACACAUCAUCCUGUCUCUUCCUCAUAUUUCAGCUACAAAACCUGUACAAAAUGCA